AUGUUUCCCAUUCUUCCGGUGAUUCUAGCUUUGUACAAUACUGUGCCACUAGCAAUCGGCGGCAGGAUAAGAGAAUGCGACGAAUCAGCAAUCGCAGGCGACGAAUAUCGAACACUGUUUCUGCAAGCACACAAUAAUUACAGACUUGCACUUGCAAAUGGAUCGGCGCGCGGAACAAACAACCGCAAACUUCCAGGAUCGAAGAGCUUGUUUAAAUUUAACUAUAACUGCCAAUUGGAACUGCUUGCAAGUGCUGUUGCUCUCGAUUGUCAAUAUAAACCUUCAUUGAAAAUGAACGACAUCGGAUACAGCCAGAAUUUUCGAAGGUCCGAAGGAGUAAAACGUAAUGUAUUGGACAACGUAAAUAAUCUUGAGAAUCGUUUCAACAAAGUUGUUUCUAAGUGGUGGUAUACGGUAGAAGAUGAAACCAUCCGGCCCAUGUCUCCAGAUGUCAUAUAUAAGGAUGAUGCGAUGGAAGAGUUUGCUAACAUCGCUUACCACAAAUCCAUAUCCCUUGGGUGCUUUAACGCUCUAUGUCCGUUAGCUGAAACGCACGAUCUCGUGACGACUUGCGUAUAUGGAGCCGUUCCUAAGAAAGGUGCACCGCUGUACCCCACCGCACAAACAACACGCGGUUGCACCGAUUCGUCAACGUGUAACGUCGGGGUACACAAUCCUGAAUGUAUCAGGAAAUACGAUGAAGAAGACGCAACCCUAGCAGGACUCUGCCGCACUGAUUCAAAGGAAAUGCCAGCAACCGCGACAGUACCUCACGCAAGCACGACAGAAGAAAUUAAAGUGCCAUCGCCCCCACCCAAAACUACGGUGUCACCGACAACACGCAGAACUACCAGGACAUCGACAACACGCAAAACUACCAGGACAUCGACAACACGCAGAACUACCAGGACAUCGACAACACGCAGAACUACCAGGACAUCGACAACACGCAGAACUACCAGGACAUCGACUACACGCAGAACUACCAGGACAUCGACAACACGCAGAACUACCACGACAUCGCCUACACGCAAAACUACCACGACAUCGACUACACGCAGAACUACCACGACAUCGCCUAUACGCAAAACUACGAGACAAACCACUGUUGCAACAACAAGAGCAGCUAGCUCUCGUGAAAUGACAGACACAUUACGGAAUCUAGUAUUGAAAACGCACAACGAGAACAGAGCACUGCUUUCUCAAGGAUAUGUUGCAAAUGGGAGAGCGGACGGCCCGAGGCUUGGACCAGCUACGAAUAUGCUCACAAUGAAAUACGACUUCUCACUGGAAACGGAGGCUCAAGCAUAUGCGGAUAAGUGCAGUCUCGUUGGAUCUGGUCCGAAUUCGGGCCAAAACACUCAUGUCAUUCAAUCAAAAUCAGUUUCAGCGUUCGAUGCAUUAAAAAAGUCUAUGAGUACAUGGUGGAACGAAAUCUAUUCCACCUCCGUGGGGAAGAAUUUGAUGUACACUUCGAGGUUACAAGCGAAGCGAGACGCACCCACGAGAUUCACUCAGAUGGCGUGGGCUGACACCUACAAAGUCGGAUGCGGGAUAAAACGGUGCUCCUCCAAGACCUUUGUAGUCUGCCGCUACGAUCCACCACGUAUGCGGAUGAGAAGAUGUGGUCCAACACCAGCUUUCACUAUCUUCGUCGCUUACGCUCCAACAUCAAGCUACGAAGAAGAAGAAGUCGAAGCUUUGUAUAUGGACCUGGAGAAGUUCUACCGAGAAGAUCAUGCCUUCUACAGAGAGAGAAAUCCCAGAACUAUCAUCAACUGGGAUCUCUUCGCUACGCUAGCCGGCUUUUGGGAAGAUUCUGCAAUGGACAACAUCGGCGAGGAAUAUGACCGGCUUGUUGAACACCUUCACGACUGCGCGAAAAAGGCUGAGAGUUUUAAAACCACCAAGAAACGCCUGUCUCUUGAAACUCUCGAGCUGAUACGCCAGCGUGGAGCAGCACGAGCCGCAGGGAACCAAGAACUUAAGUCCGAGUUCGCAAGGCGUUGCAGAGAGGCGAUAGGGGAAGACCAUAAAGAGAGAAGAGCAGAAGUGUUGGCUGAAGCUGCAGAGGCGGGGAAAAGCAUCCGCUAUACCCAUCGAGACUUGGCCAGUCGCAAGACGAGGAUGACUGCUCUCCGGAACCCAAAGGGAACAGCCAUUGCAUCGAGAAGGGGGAUGGAGAAAAUCAUCUACGACUUCUACUCUGAUCUCUUCGACAGCCAUGUCCACUUUCGUCCUCACCAUCUGAGGGAAGACGGACAAGUCAUUCCAGAGGUUCUCCCGUCCGAAAUACGACAUGCUAUCAUGUUGAGGUAUCUCGAGAGUACAAGAUGCCGCUCUGUCUCACCUUUGAAGAAGGCCUUCGACUCAGUUGAGACGGAAGCGGUCGUGGAAGCCUCGGACAACCAAGGCGUCCCUACUCAGUACAGAAAGGUACUUCGAGAGUUGUACAGUAACUUCACGACCGGAAUUUCGCCAUUCUACAAGAACAUCAUCAUUGACGUGAAGAGGGGGGUCCGACAGGGUGAUACAAUUUCACCCAAAAUAUUCACAGCCACCCUCGAGAACGCAAUGCGAAAGUUGGAAUGGGACGACAUGGGAGUGAAGGUUGAUGGUCGGCAGCUACACCAUUUGCGCUUUGCUGAUGACAUCGUACUGAUAACACCAAGCAUCAGCCAAGCGGAACGAAUGCUGACUGAAUUCGACAAAACAUGUGGAUGCAUCGGUCUUCAGCUGAAUCUACAAAAGAUGUUCAUGCGGAACGGAUGGAUCUAG